UCAGUCUGAGUGUAUGUGUGAACAGCAGCACGAGCCGCAGCGAGAGAAGCGUGCGUCUCUCUCUCUCUCUCUCUCUCUCUCUCUCUCUCUCUCUCUCUCUCUCUCUCUCUCUCACUCACACACUCACACUCACUCACCCACAUACACACUCACCCUGUCCGUGGCCAAGGAGCGCACCGCGUUUGCGCGCGCCACUGUUUCGCCACACGGGAAGGUUUGCGGUUCCGCGCGCUGCAGCACGAGCAGAAGACUUUUCUUUUUGGUUUGGUUUGUUUUGGUUUUGUUCUGCAGAACAUUAUCGCUGGCUGCGCCGUUCCUUCUCUCUAUCUCCUCAUGGAUUCAAUGCUGCUCUUCUUUUUCUCCUCCUUCUUCUCCUCCACGGUGUCCGCGAUCGGCCACUUCGCCACGGAAUGCUACACGGUGAACGGUGAGGAUUAUCGAGGGCAACAGAAUCAGACGAGUCUUCACGGAGGGAAGCCGUGCCUUUACUGGAAUGAAACGUUCCAGCAUCCGUACAACACACUGAAGUAUCCAAACGGAGAAGGAGGACUGGGAGCUCACAACUUCUGCAGGAACCCAGAUGGAGAUGUUCAGCCAUGGUGCUACAUUGCAGACCAAGAAGACGGGACUUACUGGAAGUUCUGUGAGAUUCCCAGUUGUCAGAUGCCAGGGAUUCUCGGAUGUUUUAAGGAUAACGGUGAUCCUCCUCCUCUUUCUAAGAGCUACCAGACGUCUCAGAAGCUCACAGUGCAGAGCUGCAUCAGCCUUUGUCGCAACCAGAGAUACAAGCUUGCGGGAAUGGAGGCGGGCUACGCAUGCUUCUGCGGCAACGAGCUCGACUAUCAUCUCCAUGGUGACGCCCCAAGUUUGGAGUGCAGUCACGGGUGCUUCGGGGACCAACAGCAGCCAUGCGGAGGAGACGGACACGUCAUCGUCUUCGACACCAAAGUUGGAGCAUGUGGUGGAAAUUACACAACUGAAUCAGCCGUAAUCUACUCACCGGACUUCCCAGAUAAAUACGCACCCGGCCGUGUCUGUUACUGGACCGUCCAGGUCCCAGGAGCGUCGGUCAUCCUGUUUAACUUCACUUUCUUUAACAUCAUGGACCAGGCGGAUAUGGUCGAGCUGCUGGACGGAUACACCAAUCAGGUGUUGGCUAGGUUCGAUGGGCGAAACCCACCGCGGGAAAUCGUUAACAUCAGCGCAGACUUUGUUAUCUUAUACUUUUACUCAGACAGGACGAACCAGGCCCAUGGGUUCUCCAUGAUCUAUCAAGCUUACAGAGCACAGAGCGGCAGAUCUGCUGAAGAUGUCGUUACCGGUGAUGACAACAAUGACGAACAAACCGCCAGUACCAUAGAUCCACGUGCCGGCAGCAUCACAGAGAGAUCAAACAUCAGCAAGGAUGACAAAUCUUCUCAGAUUCUCUAUCUGAUCACAUCCAGUCCCAAAAAGUCAGAAAACGAAAUGCCGGGUCAGUGGCUCGGCCGGGGCCGGACUGCUGCUCAUAGCACCAUGUGGACCAUUUAUGCGCUGGCUGCCUUGCUAACGCUAACUUUGAUAGCCAUGGUGGCAAAGCUAGUUCUUCAUGUUACAGUAAAAUCUCCCACCAUUCCCACGGUGAGCAGUUCAGACUCUUGCUCUCAGAGCACCACCUCAGAGCCAUGGAUUAUCUUCUACAGACCUUCCACCAUCUCGCUCUUUAAAAAGAAGCUCAAAAACCAUCAUGGUGACCUCAGCCCUCUGGUGGGCAAUUAACCAUAGACACACACACACACACACACACACACACACACACACACACACACACACACACACACACACACACACACACACACACACACACACAGUCAUACAAACUCUACUGGACAGCAGGUAGCAAGUACAAUGGAGCACUUGAUAAAGAACUGGAUAUCAACUGACAGCCAAUCAGAUGGUGCCAUCUUAUGUUGGGGGUGUGGCCUCCACAGCACAGGACCACGACAAAGCCUUAUUCGCAUGUCCAUACGGCCUGAGAAGUUCUGGGAAAAGACUUCUGAAUUCUUUCAGCAGGUUUUCAGGUACACAGAUUCUGGCAGUCACAGACAGAUGAGGAGUUCAGAUAAGAAUCUCUUGUUAAAGAAAAAAGACAGAUCAUAGUGUAACGUGGAGCGGCUCGCAUAACCGUCUUAACGCCAAUGCAGACAAUCAGCCUUUUCUACCACACUGAGACCUGAUUCUGUUUCAGUCCAUUUUCACCUCAUUCUUUAUGUAGGUCACCUCUUGUUUGGAACAGGAUUACGCUUUCUCCAGAGGAGGACGUACAGGAUCAUGAUCCGGCAAAUAAUACAGCAACAAACAGAAGAGAGAGAGACAGAGUGUGUGUGUGUGUGUGUGUGUGUGUGUGUGUGUGUGUGUGUGUGUGUGUGUGUGUGUGUAAAUCUGCCAUCGCUACAGCUCGGGCCUUGCUCCAAACAAACUGGCAUUCCAUGUUCCUUCUGGACCUCUGUAAACAGCUUUUCAGUAUUUUUUUUUUCCAUUUGUUGUGGGUUUUUCAUCUUUGUGUUUUUUUUUUCAUGUCUGGUGUCUGUAAGUGCCUUAAGGGUUGGAAAAUUGUUUGUGUGUACAAUUUUUUUCCUUUACUUCCCACAGAGCUGUCUUUAAAGGCAGAGAGAUGAAAGAUACACAAGUUUCCCAUUACCACCGCUGCAGCCGAUCAGCCAAGACAUGUUUGUUGCCUGAAGUUUAUUUCUUUCUGCGUUUUUUUUUUUUUUUUGCGCCGUAGCUACGAUGUUCUAGCUUAACGUCGGUGUCUCGUGCAGAAUUGUCGAUGUUGGUUUUUGACAGACAUUUUAAAAAAAAAGAUGUGUCUAAAGCUGAAAGGAGUCUACAGGAGUUUACAUUUUACUCAGUGUGGAACUAAAAAGCAUCUCCUUUGGUUAGCGUUUGAUGCUGAGAGACAUUACACUGACAUUUUUUACUUUUUCUAGUCAUUUUUCGACACAUCUGAGAAAAAUGUUCCUAUCCCUGACAUGUUUGUCUCAUUUUCGCUGCCGUUACACCUUUACACUAUCUGUAUAAUACAACAUCAGUGGCUAGAUAGAUAAACAAUUAGCCUCAGUCACUAGCUAGCUUCUAGCAUUGUUGCUGAGCUCUCACAAUUUAAACACAACAUAUCAUUUUUACUGAUUUUAUUAUGGCACAAAUUAUAUUACUUGGCAAAAGAUUAACUAGCCCAAUGCUAAACCUCUAGAUUUGAGCCUAGCUGUUGCGAAAAACUCUGAGUUCACACAACCUAAAGUCGUGACGCACCCAUAAAACGUUGAUGCUAAGUGACGUUACCCUGUAAUAUCAGUUAUUUAGUCUUUCUUUCAUAUUUUAUCAACACAUCUGAGGUAAAUGAUGAUCUUCAGUGAGUGAAUCAAUCAACCGUUUCAUUUUACUGUUAUUACACCUUAAAUGCUAUCUAGCUAGAUGAUUAGCCUCAGUCACUAGCUAGAUAGCAUUUAAGGUGUAAUAACAGUAAAAUGCUAUCUAGCUAGAUGAUUAGCCUCAGUCACUAGCUAGCUUCUGUACUUGUGGUGUUUCCUAGCUGCCUAGAAACGCUGUCCUACAAAUUUAACCACUUAAACAGUGAUAUCAUAUCAUAUCAUAUCAUAUCAUAUAUCUUUCCAUGAUAUUUCUGACAGCUCCAAUUUUACUGAUUGUUAGAACAUUUUCAGUUCUCAUUGGUGAUGCUAGUUAGCAUAAUUUUUGUAAUAUUAUCUUUUCAUGGUCAUUUUUCCAAAAUAUCUGAGGUAAAUGUUUAUAUUCCAGACAUUUUUGUCUCACUUCCAGAUAAUACUACUUAGCUAUAUGCUAGCUGUAUAAAUUAUUAUCUAGCUUCCAUGUUUGGCGGUAGCCUUUUAGCUUCUGUGUAAAACUAAAGAACUUGAAACAGUAAACAGGUCUUGGCUAAUCGGCUGCAUCUGGGAUAAACAGGGACAUUGUGUAGAUUCCAUUUUUGUCCAAAUCUUUUCAGCUUUGUCACUUCAGUGAGUCGCCGCUGAAAGCUUGCGUGUGGGAGCCAUGAAAAGUGACACAUUCUUCCAAAACAAUCCUCUCUUUCUCCUUCUCCUCCUCCUUCUUGUUUUUUCCAUGGGCUCUCGGACGUUACAGCACUUCCCACAUUUUUCAGCUUUAUUCGAAUCAGUGCUGUUGUUCUUGUGUUAACUACAGUGCUGCCACCCGGAGUGUCAGGGUCACGACACAAAAUUCUGUCUAGUCAUGUUAAAUAUUCUGAAAAUGAGCAACAGGGUGAAAGAACAACAGCAAAACAGUCAUGACUACAUCCCACGCCGCAAUCUACUGUAUAAAAUAAUGUCACAAAAUGUGGUUUCUGCCAUUGUGAGUUGAAAUACUGACAUUUUAUAUGCAGUGAUGUUGUGCUAAGCGCGAUUUCAGAUAUUUAUUUUCCUGUGAACAAAAUAGUUUGAAUGAAAUUGUAAAAUUUAUAAAGCGUUAUUUAAUUAAACCACCGACAUUAAAAUAGUACACUUUAUAACAAUUCAGAAACGUACAGCACCAUGAGCUAGAUGUUUUCUUCCGAUACAAAUACAACUGAAAUGUUCACAUCAUACUCAUGAAAAUAUUCCAGAAAGUUAUCACUAGUUCAAUGCACUUAAAUUUACUUAAAUAUGGAAUUUACUAUAGUACUGUGCUGAAUUUGGCCUACAGUGUAUACUUAAAAUUAAACCUCUAAACUUAAAGCCCUUAUUGCUUUUAGACCAAAAUUAAAACAUAGCAAACUUUCUUUAGCUUUAUUGGCUGUUUUUCAGUUAACAGCCACACACACAAGCUGCCGAUUAUAUUUCUAUUGUUAAUACCCCAAUCCCAACCCUAACUCCAAUCCUACCCCUUUCACCAAUUCCAACUUUAAACCUCAAAAACCAAUCCCAGCGCUACCUUUAACCUCAAUCCCAACUGCCCCACUUUUAAUUCCAACCUUAAAUCCCAAACCUUAAUCCUACUAACCCUAAAGUCCAAUCUCAACCCUAAACCCCAACAUCGGUCCUCCAAACCCACCCCUGAACCUAAUGCCGACACCAACCCUAACCUUAAACCCCAAUCCCAACGCCAAUCCUAACCCUAAACCUAAUUCCGACCCCAAACGCAACUUAACCCUCACCCCAACCCUAGUCUACACUGUUAAAGACUUAAAUAUGUAAAUCAGAGCAAUAAAUGUGCAAAAUGAUAAAUCUGCAUAGUAUAUUACGUUAUUUUUGUUUAUUCGAACAAUAUUUGCCAUUCAUUGGGGAUAUUCACAGUAUAUAUUCCCACUAUAAUCCCAGUAUCAUUUCAGAUACAUUCAGAUGGUGUAUGGAAAUUUUACAGACUUUACAUUUUUGUGCUUGAAGUUGAUGAUAUGUCAAAAAUCAUUCAGAAAAUUCUAUUAUGAUGGCACGUUCAUGAUCCGCCUCUUAUCGCCCCUGAAAAGAUCAGAUUUUAACAGAAGCACAGGCAAAUGUUAAUGUUCACAGUUCUCCAUUUACAGCACUUGUAAUCUGUUUUUGCGUCUUUGGCUUCUGUAAUUCAGCCACCAUUUUAGAGACACUGUGUGUUUAAUUUCUUACAAUUUUUGGUUGAACUGUUCCUUAAUCCAGCACUUUGUGUACUGAAAAUGUUUAAAUAUGUUUAUAGCUUUAUCGUCUCUGAAAACAACCCGAUUCCGUCUGAUCUGGGAUCGGAUUAGUGCUCGGACGGGGAAAGCUUGUUUCUGUGUGUGUGUGUAUGUGUGUGUGUGUGUGUGUGUGUGUAUGCGUGAACGUUCUGUUUGUUUCUACCAGCGUUACAUUUUUGUUUAUGCUUUACAUUUUAAGGAAUUGUCUUCCUACCAAAACUGUACUGUAAUUUCUUUUUCAAGUUAGGUGUGUGCUGAUGUUAUAUUAUUAUAUCACUAUCCCAGGCUAAAGGUUUUGCAUGAUUUUGUCUUUAAAAAAAAAAACAGCUUCAUGUUUACCUUCACCUGUGCUCAUUAGGGAUUACAUAUUUUUAAUUGUACGUCUUAAAUCGUAGAGUUUGCACACUUUUGCUAUUAAAUAUGCAAAUGGUGCUGAGGAAUGAAGUGCGGUAGUGUAAGAGUUUGAAAUAUAGCUCAAAGUUCUAGGCGAAAAUUUGAACAAUUUCUGGUCAAAAUAGUCGCUAAUUGUUUCUAUUCUAUUAACUGAAGAAUUAUGACUGAGUCUCAUUCAGAGCUUGAGAAACAAUUCUGAAUUCUGAAAUUCCCAAGUUUUUGGCUCAUUACCGAUCCAAAUCCUUUCAUCAUGAUCUCAGGGGUCGAUGCUAGGUACGUUUUUAUUCUCUAUUUUUAUGUAAGUACUAGUGCCAUAAAAUCUAUCUAGCAUUGGGUUAGUUAAGUAUCUAGUAUUAGACGUACACUUAAAAACAAACAAUUCGUAAUGAGCGUAGUUGAUUUGAUGGCAUGCUUUAAAUUUGGCCAAAACUGAAGACUAGAAGAAGUUAUCUCAGGUUAUAUACAAAAAAAACAACUCGACUCAUUCCUCAUGACUUUAUCAGCACACACCUAAUACACACGGCAUGGAUGAAACACUCGACACGAUGAUGUUCAGAAAUGUCGCAGCACUUAUUUGAUGUGUUCCUUUAUAUGAUUUCUGUGGGAUUUUUGUGGCAUUCCUCCUGCCAACGUUGCAUCUGUGACUAACUGAUUACUUGUCAUUAUUUGACCUCAAACUUUACAUUCUUUUCAGCUUUGUUUGUUGUUUUUUUAAAGAUAAGACGCCGUUGUGUGACUGUUCCAUUUUAAUCGUCCUGGGGAAGCAGAACGCGUAACAGCCCUAACCAUAAUAGUGAAUAGCGAGAUGAAAAAGGACCUUUGUGUGUGUGUGUGUGUGUGUGUGUGUGUGUGUGUGUGUGUGUGUGUGUGUGUGUGCGUGCGCGCGCGUGUGUGUGUGUGUGUGUGUGUGUGUGUGUGUGUCCGAACUCCAGACUUCCAGUAAAGCACUCGCUCUUCCUGCUCUGAUCUCCCAGACGAGCGAACGCCACAGUCCCGCCUGUCAUAAUUACCGCAUGAAUAAAUCCGAGUCAUGGAGAAACUCAUGCAUACAAAAACUCACAGAGAGAGAGAAAGAGAGAGAGAGAGAGAGAGAGAGAGAGAGGGAGGGGGAGAGAGAGGGAGAAAGGAGCACACACUAACCAGAAAACCAAAAGUGACAGCUCCAAUUCAUCAAGGUCACAUUACCAGCGGACGAUAGCGUCCUGCACCAUCCUGUCUCAACACACUCCCUCUGCUUUAACACAUCACAUCACAACACAUCACAUUACAACACAUCACAAAACAUCACAACGCAACACAUCACAACGCAACACAACACAACGCAACACAUCACAACACAACGCAACACAUCACAACACAUCAC